UUUCCUUUCAGCCGCAUCUUGUGAAGCUCAGAGCAUUGGGACUACAAAUUCAGUGGGAGUACCGUUGAGGAAAUCCAUCCCCAUUUUUUUCUGCUUUGGACACACACGGACGAUAACGGAUUACUACCACUCCUAACGUUAACGGACAACGGCCACUCCGAUCGAAUUUCUUUCAGUCGUCUGGAGUGAAGUUUUACGCCCUGAAAAGUCACGUAGAAAAUUAUGAGAGGACCUUAACAACAGCUUUGAGGAAACGCUUGAAUACGUUAAAUACGCGAUCGUGAAAUGUGGAGAUUCGACCUUAGAAAUCCUUGACUCAAGUCGUCACUUGAAAGAUUGCUCUCCAUGCAAUGCGCGCUGGAUGUCCACACAGCCAAGGAGGAGCCUCCCCUGCAUUCCAACACAAGAGUAAUGCUUAUGCUAUUACAUCACAUCAGGACAACAAUGUUAAACAUGCACCAGUGGGCCACCCUGACAAUGGAAUGCAAAUCAACAUGGUAGCUUCUCAAUAUCCUGAGGGGGUCAGAGUGGUUUCAGCUCAGAGGCAGCAAGACAACGCACAACCACGUCAACAUUUCCAGGGACUCCAACACCAACAGAAGUCACAAGGAAGCAUAGCAAGCACUAGAUUCCAGCACCCAAAUUCCACGGACAUUGCAUGUACUGUUCUGAACAGUGGUCCUGACUUUAAUUCAUUACCACAUGCCGCUGCACAAUGCAGCAGUUAUUUUGAGACAUCUGAUAAUGAAUACUCAGUGAGACAGUCUGGUGAUAAUAGUGGACAACAUUGGGAAUGUUCAAAGCAAAAUUUUAGUAGACACUUCCUGAAUGGUUCGAAUUUGAACAAUAAUACUAUUCUGCAGCAAAGACAACAUUUAAACAGUGCCUUUUCAGCUGGUACCAGUUCUGCAGCACUUCAGGGAGAUGCCCUUGGAGUCACAGCACAGACAUUUCCUUUGCAAGUUUAUCGUUCUUCUCUACCUAAUAACAAACUGCAGAAAUCUUGCCCACUGCUAUAUUCCUUACUGAAAGAUUGUGGAGAUUCAAAAUUUUUGUAUGCCUCCCCGUCUUCUUCGUCAGGGCAAACUAAUGCCAACGUUGAACUCAAUACUAGUGCUCAUUUUUCAAGUGAAGUGCCCUGCAAGAGUCAGCAGGUGAAAAGUUCACUAAACGCUCUAAACUUUGGACAGAUUACAACUCAAAACUUAUUGCCAGUUGGAAAAACAGGACCACCUACAGAUGAUCAAAUACAGGACUUCAUUACAGAAAAGCUAAAACAUUUUAUAACAGUUUCACCUCGGGAAGAAGGAAAAGAUGGACACAAGAGUUUUCACACUAAUAACAGCGCCUCCAUUCUCCAGUCUGACCACAACACAUCAAAAUCCAACAAUGUUGACCAUCCCCACCACCCCAUAACCUCUACCUCCAACAAAGAAGAGAGACUCAGUGUCAGCUGUGGAUCAGCAAUUCAAGAGAACAGUUCAAAGGGCAGCAAAGCAAAUGCUGAGUUACCUGCCAAAUCCAAAGACAAAGGUGAUUGUUCUACAGUUGCUUCAGAGAACUUUUCAACAGGUACUAUUGUCUCUCCUAUAAGAAACUUAAAACAUGCUCCUAAAAAUGAAUCUGUUGAUAACAGUGCAUCUGUAGAUUUUAAUUAUCCAGUAAAAAUACUCUUGGAUGUAAUUAUGCCUACAAAUGAUGAUGGGAAACGUGUUUACUGUGAACAUAAAACAUUUGUUGGUAGCAGUGAUGAAAGUUUCCAGAGUAAAUUGUGUGAUAAGUACUUACAUAAUGGCAUGACCACUGUUCAUUAUUCGUUAACUGCACUGAAGGAGCUGGUUGCUAGUCUGGAGGAAGUAGAGACCUUUACAAAGAUGGACAACUUUUCCAAGGUCAUACUGAAACAGUAUUGGAAUGGGGAUAUAGAUAACGUUCAUCUCUUUACAUCCACAGAAUAUCCACAGAUUAUGGCGAAAGUUGCUGCCACCUGCACAAAGAGUGAAGAUAAAAGUCCAUUGGUUCUGACGAUGUCGGAAAUGACUUUGGAUGGGCUGACUGAGAAGGACCCUAGCUUAUUGCUCAACAGCAGCUUGUCAAAAGAAGAGGAAAAGUCUCUUUGGUUGAAUAUUAACAAGGAUUUGCACACGACAGAGAAGGACAAAGGAGAUACAGAUCUAAAACCAAUGGAGGCAGUAGGGUUGGACAAUGUGCGAGGUGUGACCGUCUCUGAGGAUCUUCAAACCAAGUCAAGUUCAGUGGUAACUGGAUUUGAAACACUUGUACUCACAUCACUCAAUGAAAAUCAAGACGCAUAUACAGACAAAAAGAAACACUCCGAAGCUCAACAUUGUCAUAUUACCUGUCAGAAAGUAAUUGGACAUUCGAAGCUAAAUUCAUCAGUUGAUCAAAUUCAGAUUCAUAAUGUAAUAUCAGUUCCUAGAGGCCAAAGUGAACAGCUGUGGAAACAAACAAGCCAUGGAGGUGUGAUGGAGGAUCCAGGAUCUGUACGUUCACAACUCCCAGAGCCUCACCUAUUACCUGAAAGCAAGAGUGAGGAAGCAGACUCUGUGGAAAUUUUGAAAGAUCCACAAUAUGAAGACAUUUCAGAUGAUGAAGACAUGUCACAGCUGUUGACCAACCUCCCAAACACAGAGCAUGAGCAAUUAAACUUCCCACCAUGUUUAGAAGAGCGCCAGUAUGAAGAUAUAAGUGAAGAUGAUAAUCAACAGAUUGUGAGUUUGGCUGUGGAAACACCUUCACUUACACAAGUACCUGAAACUGACAAUAAGCAGUCACCAUUUGAAAAUGAAGACUAUGGAUGUUUUCGGGGUCAAGCUCAGAUAGAGACAGAAAACAUUUCAGAUGAGAGACUGAUUGCAAAGAAGCAGAUUUCACCAAAGACGGGAACACUGGAUGUACCACAACAAUGCUCUUGUGCAUAUUUUGGUGACACUGAUUAUCUAUUAUGUCCGAAAUGUGACGGUGAGAGAUGUCUGAGAUGGGAAACAUACCACUCUUUUUCAUAUAGUCCUUCCUCUGUUUUGAAAGAUGGAGAUGAGACUGACGAUGAGAUGGAUGAUGACUAUAUAGUUAUACCUAUAAGCAUGUCAGACAUUAAAUUUGAACCAGAGGAAGAAGCCCAGGAUAUCACUGAAAAGGUCGUCCUAGAUGAUGAUGAAACUGGAGACAAAGACAGGCACAGUGACACAAAUGCAACACACCGUGAGUUAUAUUGUCCAGUUCCAAAACCAGUACGAGCUUCUUCAUCUUACAAACUGGAGGUUUUUGACACAAUUAAGAGCUUUCUAAGGGCAAAAGCUGUACAGUAUGGGACAGUUUUGUUAGCAUUAGGCAGGAGCACACCUGAACAUGAACUGGACUCUGAGCAAGAACAACAUACACCUCAGAACAGGAGAGAGUCCAGCUCUGAGUCCGAAGACAGCUGGGAAACGGAAGACAGUUGUGAUUACUCAUCUGCAUCAGAACAAAACUACAUGACAGUGUCUGAGCAUUUGUUAAAAAACAGGUCAGCACAUCUGCCUCCAGAGACCAAUGAUACCAAGUCUGAAAAAGAGAGUGAAAAUGAUGAGGCUACAAAUGUGCAAAAAGGUCAAACCAGCAGCUUUAGCAAGUUGGGCUGUAUGCAAAAACCUGCAGAGCUAAUACUGGCCCAAGCUGACUCACAGCAUGUCAAACCUAAGACCAACAUACAGAUUUCAAAAAAGGAAAACAUAAUAAUUCUUGAUUCUGAAACAGAGGAUGAAAGUGACCAACACUGUGAAAUGGAGGCAAAAGGGAAGAGAUUAGUGUUUAAAAAAAACAGACUGCCAUCUGCAGCCUCACCAGCACCACAGCGCCAGCUUAAACUUAAUGACGAAGUGGUACAUGAUGCAGACUCUGACUUGUCACACAGUACAGAAACAAGUGGGCAGCUGAUUGAAACCAAAACUGACUCUGAGUAUGUUCUACAUGAAAAAAAAUCUUCACAAGAUGUCAUAAUCCUUGAUUCUGACACAGACAAUGAUAGUGACAAAAACUACAAUAAGGCAAGCAGAGGGAGAUUAUUCCCUUCAGGUUUAGUGGACAGUGACAGUGUGCAAUUAAUUCAACAAAUGAGACCUUCACCGGAGACUGUGGACAGCGAUUGUGGAACUGCUGAAAAAAAGCUCCAAGAAAGGAGAUUGUCUUCUGCAGACUCAUCAGUACUGCAGUACCAGUCUAAACUUAAUGGUGCACAGUUGAAAGAAUUGAUGCACAAUACAUCCUCUGACCUGUCCCUCAGUAUAAAAAAGGGUGGAAAUCGGAUGGAGGCUAAGGGUGACUCUGAGCGUGGUCAACAGAAGUCCAACAGACAAACGACCUCAAAAAGAAGAAAAGUUCUCCAUGAUUCUGACAAAGUGGUCAAAAAAGACAAUCAGAUCAGCAAAAAGGAGGAAUUGAGAGAGAAAACACUCUCAUCAGUUUCAAAAGACAGUGGUGAUACCUUAUUUGCUAUACAAAAAAGACCUUUAAGUGAAUCUGUGAACAGUCUUUGUGGAGUUGCCAACAACAAGCUUCAAAAGACUGUAUUUUCAUCUGAUGACUCACCAGAGAAGCAGCUCCAGUCUGUGCACAAGGAGGCAGACUCCACCUUAAGCCCAAAUCCUGUGAUUCGUCGCCUUUUAGUUAAGAAGUCGUAUCAAACCUGCAAUUACUUGAAACAUUCAAAAGAAGUCCACAGGCAGGGUAAAGCUGAAACUCCGAAGACCAAAGAAUGUCAAAGGUCUCCAAAGACCCCCACAGCAGCCAGAAAAAAGAUGGACCCCUGUGAAAAGAAUACAAAGCGUUCACAAAGAGAUGAACAAGAAAAAAUUGUGCCCAAACCAAAACCUGCAAUUGAUAGACACUGUGGAACAAAGAAUAAGGUUCAAUCCAACAUGACAAAACCCGGACUGGUUUUAAGACAACUGUCGUUACCUUGCCUGGAAGGCCCAUCCACCUCCACCGAUAGCUUAACUUCCACAAGUGCACAAAUUCCUGAAGCCAGGCGAAGCUCAGAGUUGUCACAGUCUGGAGAAACCAGUACCUUUUCUAUUCCUUCUAAAACUAUGCAGAGCACAUCAGUUCCAAGACAUUUGUCUUCAUCCAAACUAAAGUGUUGUCACUCUUAUAGCAACCCCUCAACAUCAGAUCAUCCUAGCAUAACUACCAAAGGCCCAUUAUCUUCUGCACCUGUGCAAUCAUCAGCAUUGGAACAAGUGAGAAAAGACUGGAAGAAGAGCUAUGUCGCCAUCAGGAGGGACAGAAAAACUAGCAUGGGGACAGAGGAGGCUUUGAGAAACACAAAUUAUGAAUCAAGGAGGAAACUGAGGCCAGGACCUAGUCACUGCGAGAAGGUGCCCACACAGAGGCACAACUCCCUCGAGUCUGCAGCUCCCCUGCUGAAGAGGUCCAAGUUCGAAGCCAGAGAGUUGACAAAGGCGAGAAAUCGAGACAUCAUAAGGGAACAAAGAUACUUCAUGAGUGAAGGUAGCAAGUGGUCAGAGAUGCCAAGAGAGGCAAGGCCAGUGGAAGGUUCUGUCAGGGAGAGGAAGUGGUAUAGAUUCCCUCGAAGAUCCUUUCAAUGAGAACAAAGUGCCAGUUCCUACGACUCAUGUUCCAAAGGACAGUUUAUUGUUGUAACUGUUUCACUGUUUCUGUCUUUAAUCUUCCAAAGCAUUUCUGUAUAGUACAUUGACAGCCUGUCGUGUGUGUGUGUGUGUGUGUGUGUGUGUGUGUGUGUGUGUGUGUGUGUGUAGUUGGUGUUGUCAUUGUCAACUGUUCUUUUGAACAGCUGCCUCCAAAUUGAAAAAAAUUCAUAUAAUUAAAUGUUUUUCCUCUGAAUACAGAUCUUGAAAUAUGUCAGAUAUUUUAAACCAUUUCUGUCCUUUUUAUAUAAAAAAAAAAAAGAACUACAGAUAGAUGCACAGUAUAUAAUCAUAUCCUUCACCACUUUUAAAUGUUUGUUUUUGUACUCAGCUGUGAGUAAAUAUCAUUUAAAAAAAAAUUCAAUGACUUCCUAUCUGUUUGGUUCAUGUGUUGUUCUUUUUCACCACUAGAUGGAGACAUUGCAAUAUAGGUUGCACUUAAAGUUGCUCUCCAUUUUAAAUUAUACUCACUUGUGCUUGUAUUAAACGACAUAGUUCAUUGUGA